AUGGAUUACGUUGACCAAUUCAUGGGAUGUCCUGCGAGAAAGUUCUCCCUAACUGAAACUAAGUAUGAUCAAAGCAAAUUUUAUGGAAGACUUAAGUAUUUCCUCAGCCUCGUCAAUCCUAUGGGACUUCUGUACACCCAGGCUCAAGCAGAUGAAGCCAAACAGGUCUUAGAAGAUUACAAGAAUGGCACCUUAAAACGGCAAUACACAGACGAAGAAUUAUGGCAUGCCAGAUGGCUCAAAGAGGCUGUUUUUCAUCCAGACACUAACGAGCCUAUUAUGAAGCUUUUUAGGCUUUCAGCUUUCGGAGCAGUCAAUAUACCAAUUGGCAUUGGAAUGCUUUUAUCGCCUAAGACCCCAUUCAACAUUGCUUUUUGGCAAGCCAUUAAUCAGACUAACAAUGUAGGCUUCAAUUAUUGCAAUCGCAGCAUUAACAAUCCUUUCACAAAUAUGCAGUUGAUUUGUUCCUACCUUCUUGCUACCUCGAGCUCAGUUAUUAUUGGCCUGAAAUUCGAUAAAUUUAUCACUCGCCAUUCAGGAAAUUCAGUACUGCUGCGCACUCUUGGCCCUGCUACAGCUGUGGCGGUGGCUGGAUGCUUUAAUCUUUUGGUUAUUCGAUAUAGAGAAUUAUAUGAAGGAAUAAGUGUCUAUGAUGAAAACGGAAAAGACUUAGGAAAAAGCAAAAUCGCAGCAAAAGAUGGGCUGUCGAAGACCUUAGCAAUCCGUUUCGGAUUUCAAUACCCAGUCUGCUUUGUCCCUGUUAUUACAGCGCUUGGGAUGAGAAAGAUGGGAAUUUACCCAACUGCAGGUAUUGGAAAAGUGCUAGCUGAAGUCUUUGUGAUAUCUUUAUCAGUCUUCGGAGUGCUGCCAUGCUGCUUUGCAGCAUAUCCUCAGAUGCUGCACGCUGACAAGCUGGAGCCUGAAUUUAAGUCAAAUGCAGGGUUCUGGUACAACAGAGGACUUUAG